UUUACUGGUGUGUAACCGGAACAGUACGGCAGAGACUAAUCGAUUGACCGGAAACGAAUGCAGAUAAUCAGUAGUCAUACUGUAGCCUUACAUCUGGACGGACGUCUACUUUUGUAUCUGUGUUCAUCUUGUGUAUUUGUGUCUCCAAACCUGUCCUGAGGGAUCUUGGAACAGAGACAUCUUUAUUUUAGUUGUGUUCUAGCCUAGCUAGUGCACGAGUUCCUGCACCCGGAGGUAUCUGGCCUUGAGGGUACAGAGGGGCAGUCGCAGUUAGCAGAAGGACUAUCGGUUCUCCGGCAUCGCUGGGGAUCGCGCAGUCUUAGUGAGCAGAGGGAUAAUCGGUUCUCCGGCAUCGCUGGGGAUCGCGCAUAACCUGCAUCAUACUUUACCGGCAGUGUCUGGUUGAGUGGAGGUUAUAGCAUGUCUGACUCCGGCUCGGCAACAGAUAGUCCCAAACGAGGGAGGAGGGAGGUUUUGGAGAAGAAGGCCCGGGUGAUACAGGAGGUGGAGGUAGCCAACUCCGAAGGCAAACUCCUGUAUGGCACGGCAAGGGAGCUAGUGCAUGCCCUGGGACAGGUUCACUCCUCAAGGUUGCCACAGGAGAAGAUUCAAGAGCUCAUCAAGUGGCAAUAUGAUAUUGCGGUUAAGCAGCGCAAGAAUCGUUUUGUUUCUGAGCUCCGGUACCAUGCAGAUGUAAUCUGCUCGAAAGAAUUCGUGGCGAAGGCGUUCGGCAAAGCUGCGGCCAAGAAAACUUGUCUAGGAGUGUCGCUGAAUGCUCGUCAAAGAGGAGGUACGGUACGGAAGACAACUGGACGACCGAAGAUUUUUUCGGGAUUACAGUCCGGAUUUCCGGCUCUACCGGCCACAGCUUCGAGGGUCCCGGCAACUGUGUCGCUGGGAGCAAUCAAGGUGGAAGAGGCUUCCGGAGACGACGAAGAGCUGCCCAUGGAGACCGAAGUGCUUUCGGUUAUAGCGCCAGAAGAAGAUCAAUCAACUUCUUCUUUCUUCGCGGCGUUGGAUGAAGUGGGAGAGUUCUACGUCGUUGAUGAUGUGGGGCAGUGCGAAGAUACCCCACUGAUCAAGGAAGGACGUGCUCCGGUGGAGGGGACUCCGAUUUCGGUUGGAGCCUCUAAUGCUGGGGUAGCUAGGGUCCCGGUCGAGGCUGGGAACCUGGCACCAUUGGUAAUUCCUACCCAGGUGUUUACCAAUAGUUCCUAUGGUGUGAGGGAGCCACGGAAAAGAAGUUAUCCGAUGAGGGAGGAACCAGCCGAAUCGACACCAGUCGUGCCAGAGUGUGUGCCGGUGUGGAAAAUCCUGAAACCCUCAGUCUGGACUAGACUGGGUAGCCGCAUGGAAGAGCCCAUGAAAAAGAAACGAACGUCCCGUUGUCCGUUAAUGGGAUGUACGUCAGAUUCUCGCCAUCUAAGCAGACACGUCUACCAGAGGCACCUUCCUGAGCGAUUCCAGCUAGGCAAUUUGGCGAAUCCGGCUUGGCAGGUAGCUCGGUUGCGAGGGCUUAGAUGGCUCGCUCUACAACUCGUCGGAGAUGAUCGGCUUGGUACCCUGCUAGAUUUUGCCCAGAAGAAUGACUUAGGCAUCAACGCGGAGGUGUCUCUAUCUGAUGUAGAUAGACAGUGGUUGUCCGAGUUUGCUCGUCAAUCAGGAUGGCCGGAAGUGGAUUUCGACAUCCAACGUCUAAACUCGCAGGCUCUUCUUGCUCAUUGGCGUGUCCUUGUCGGUCUACUGAAACAUAUUCCAAGGGAUCGGCAAGUGUACUUCUUCAACCUGGACAGUCAGCGUACCUCUAGUACCGUCCCGGCUGCGGCUGGGUUACAUGUUCAAGUCCCUGAAGUGGAGCAUCCAAGUACCCCGACACCCCCGGUUGUGGCAGUGACGGAACCUGUAAGACGUGGAACGGCUCAUGCUGCGGCUGGGUUACAUGUUCAAAUCCCUGAAGUGGAGCAUCCAAGUACCCCGACACCCCCGGUUGGGGCAGUGACGGACCCUGUAGGACGUGGAACGGCUCAUGCUGUUUCUAAUAUACUGAACACGUCUGUUAGGGAGUAUCUGGCAGUGUCCGGACAGGCAAACCUCUCGUUGGCUAGGGGGAGUACAUCCCAAGCGUCAGGACGACCAGUAACGACCAGGAUUUCGGCCUUCGAUUCUCAUUUUCACCUGGACCGGUCUCUAGUGAAGUUGGGUAUGCCGUAUUACUCAGAUAUCCGGACCAUUCUGGAUGCAGAUGUGGGGAUCAGACCCCAAGUUGAAGUGGAUGUGGUAGGAGGUGUCCUGAUCUAUUGUGACCCCGAGACCUACCCGACAUCCUUCCCGGCUCAGGCUGGGUUUGGUGUCGCGGUGGGAUUACAUCCCCGGAAAGCGGCAAGAUUCAACCCUGAGCUCUACCGUCAUUUAAAACAACUCCUGAGGAAUGAACGAGUAGUGGCAUUGGGAGAAGUUGGGUUGGAUCGAACCGAGCCAGCAGAUACUUGGGGGCUACAGGAGGAAGUUCUCACAAGGAUAUUAGAAUUGUCAUCCCCUUGUCAACCAAUCAUCCUUCAUAUCCGGGAUGGGGAGGAUCGGCAGUCCGGAGUGCUCUAUCUGAUGUGUCUGGAAUUAUUAAAGCCCAAUGUUGCUCGGACGCAGAAAGUGGUGCUGCAUUGUUUCACCGGCGCGCAAGAGGUAGUGAUCAGGUGGUGUAAGGCAUUCCCAAACUGUUUCUUUAGUUAUUCAGGACAAGCCCGGCUUUUCACGGAGGCGCAGAAACAGGCAGUCCGGAGGGUCCCGGCGAACAGGCUGUUGAUCGAAACUGACUCGCCAUACUUUCGACCAGCUGGGGCUCGGAUGUGCACUCCAUCCUUUUUAGGGGACGUCGCCAACGUGAUUGCGUCAUAUCGGGAUAGUGAGGUCCGGGAUGUGUGUCAGCUCACUUUGAGGAAUUCCACUCAACUGUUUGGGCUAUAAAUAGCAUAAUGUAAUAUGACAUUCGUGUGGCCAAUUAUUGAAUUUUGAAUAUAGAGUUUUAAUAUUUUAAUGUUUAGGACACUAAUUUUAACAGAAAGGAAACACAACUGAAGUGUAUAGACAAUGAAUGGAAGUGAAAGUUUGGAAAAACUCCGUUGUUAAUUAUAAGUUUAAAGAAAAACUAUAUGCUGGGCACAAUUUACUCCUCUAGUCUGUUCUAGUGGACAAUUAAUGGAGCACUGCAGAAUUGAAUACAAAAUAAAGUAUCAUCAGGGCCCGGAACUUUAGUGUAGGCCAAAUUUUUGAUGAAGUAACAAGUUACCAAGACUGAAAAAGGACUCUAUGUCUCUUUCCCGUUGGAUAAAAUGGGGAGGAGUGUGGUAAAUUUACUGGUGUGUAACCGGAACAGUACGGCAGAGACUAAUCGAUUGACCGGAAACGAAUGCAGAUAAUCAGUAGUCAUACUGUAGCCUUACAUCUGGACGGACGUCUACUUUUGAAUCUGUGUUCAUCUUGUGUAUUUGUGUCUCCAAACCUGUCCUGAGGGAUCUUGGAACAGAGACAUCUUUAUUUUAGGUUUCUUGAGUACGUAGCGCUGGACACCAUAAGCAACACAUACUGCAAGAACCUCUUGGGCGCGGGCAGCGUGUUCACGACAAACAUCUGCGCAGGCGCAACGCACACCGGCGGCACGGGCCACUGCUCGGGCGACUCCGGUGGCCCAUUGGUGUGCAACAAACGUGGCGUCUGGGAGCUGGCCGGAAUCACGAGCUGGGUCGACGGGGAGUGCUCGAAGCCCAUGAGCCCGGGGGUGUACACGUGCGUGACGUCAUACCUCACCUGGAUCCAGCAGCAUAUGAACGCACAAAGAGUAAUUGUUGGACGUGUCUGGCAAAAUAAUUGAAAUAAAAAGAUUAUAAAUAAAA